AGUGUACGAGGAGAAGGGAAGAAUGCCAGGUAUCCACUAGACGAGCUGCGUUAUCUCAAGUGAUUUAAUCAUGUGACGGACUUACUAAGUCUUCUAUCAUGAUGAAAUCAAAUUUCUCGAAUAGACAGCGGAUAUCGAGGCGGUUUAAAGCCUGCUAGGGGAUAGCAAUGCACAGAGGAGAAGGUUACCCAGGACUGGGCUGGUGGAAGGCAUCGGCCCCUGCAGUAUACCAAAGAUAGAAGCGUGGUGUCAAGUCGGAAGCAGAACCAACUUAACUUCUGGAUGAGAAUUUCAGAAUAAAAGAGGGCUGCCUUCACAACAUGGACCGUCCACACAGCAGGUGGGAGCUAUUUUAGCUGGAUGAGAAUUGGCUGACUGUCCCGGGAUCAAUGACGGGACCCAACUCCCCAAGCCGGACCGGCACCUCCCCGGCCAAGCUCAGCAGGCACGGCCGGUCCAAGAGCACAAGCGCGCACUGUCUCCUGCGCUGCGGGACCCGGGAAGAGUCCUCUGCCUCUCCUCCCAACCAUUCCCCUGAGGAGGAAGAGGAGAAGGACGGAGGGGUUCUCUUCUACGUAAAUCGAAACGGUUUUCCCAUUGAGAGCGUCACCUGGGAGAGGAUGUGGUCCCAUGUGGCUGUUGUCCACCCAGAGGGCCAGGAGAUGGUGAACAGGAUAAGAAAUGCUGCAUACCUGCCAAAACAUGCCGUUCCCUCCAUUCCAACCUUUAAACCAUCCAUGUCAGCCCCUGAUUGGUUGGUGGCCAUCCAGAACUACAUGAAGGCUCUGCAGUAUAACCACACUGGAACCCAGUUCUUUGAGAUCAAGAAGAGCCGACCGCUGUGUGGGUUGAUGGAAACGGCAAGAGAGAUGAUCAGGGAGUCCUUACCAAUCAAAUGCCUGGAAGCUGUUAUCUUGGGAGUCUACCUGACCAACGGGCUCACAUCUCUUGAGCGCUUCCCCAUCAGCUUUAAGACCCAGUUUUCAGGGCACCACUUUCAUCACGUGGUUCUCGGCGUCUACUGCAACGGUCGCUACGGAUCGCUGGGCAUGAGCCGGCGCCAGGACCUGAUGGACAAACCACUGACUCACAGAACACUGGGAGAACUGGUGGCCGAGUUUGAGAGCUCUUACAAGAGAUACCAGCACACUUUGAAGAAGGUGAAGAUUGGCUUGUACGUGCCUCACGACCCCCAUGUCUUUCAGCCAAUCGAGUGGAAGUAUUUGGUGCUGAAUGCAGCCCGACUCGGAGCUCAGGAGAUGCGGAAGGAGCUGGAAAAACAUGGCCGGGACAUGAGGAUGAAGAUCCUAAAAUCCUCCAGCGCUCAGUCACCAAUUAAGGAGCGCAGCCGAGGAAAGUCCUUAUCACCACGGCGACGGCAGAGCAGCCCUCAGCGACGGACCGCUCGUCGCAGAGACAAAUCGCCGGCCUCGGUGGAGAGGAAACCUCUGGAGCUCAGCACCUUCAGCGAUGGUUACCAGAUCCGCAUCUGAUGCUCCUCCUUCUCCUCCCAGGACAAAUCAACCCCACAUUCUCUAUAUCUGCCAUCACCGCUUAUAUGGACUGGGUGUUCAUUCUUCACAAGAACCUCAUUACAAAUAACCGUCUGUCAUGUAGCUGAACACCUGCCUUUUAUCACCAUGAAGCCAAUGUUUCACCUUGUAUCAAUAUAACCGCCGGCACACAUAUUAUACGGUUAAAACUGCACCAGUAGAGGUCGCCUGCAGGGGGCAUCAGUCACUUCUUAAAGAGGGAGGGUUUAAAGAGUGAAAACAUUCUGCUAGAAGGAGAAAAUCGGUCUGCUUAAUUAAAGACAAGCUCACAAAACACCAGAAGGAAAUGAUUUAUUUCUGAAUUUCACAAUUCUUAUAAUUUUACUGGGAAUUUUCCAACAUGUUGGAGGCUCAGAAAGACUUUGCUGAAAGCAAAUAUCACAAGACUCUGUAGUAGGACCAAAAAUGUAACAAAACCGUUUCAGAAAAAGCAGCAAUCCAAAACUUCUCUGGGCCAACAGCACUGCAAAUAAUAUGGCUGAGCUCACUUUGAUGUGCAGAUUGCAUUGAUUGUCAUAGACUGGGUUAGAACAAGGAGAGCAUGUUGGAUAAAUUAUGCAACAAAAACUAAUGACGUGGAGUCACUUCAGAACGAAAUAAGAUGAGGAAGAAGAGGACGGGAAAGAACUGAAAGAAGCAGAGGGAUUAGUGUAGAAGAUGAAGUUAUUGAGCACAGUAGGAGUCAUCUGUUGGCACAAAGAGGAGAUUUAACCUUUGAAAUGUUUUCCACUUCACCUUCUGCACAACUAAGAAGAAAGUGUUCUGGAGAAAUUAGCUUUUUAUGUGCAGACCCAGAAAUGUUUACAUCCUCAGACCUCAAAAAGUUCUUCAUGUGAAACAAAAGAGCAAAGCUGCUCAGACAUCAUGUCUAGACUGAUGUGACCAAUGGAGAAGAGAUUCAAUUCAUAAAGGCAACAAAUCGCGACGCGUUCCGCCAACUGUUGAACAUAAAAGGGCUCAGGUUCAGAGGAACAGAAAGUGAAGUAUCUUUAACAAAACUUUACCACAGAAGGAUCCGGAUGUUAGGGUCAGCGCAUUUUUACCUUGCUUGUUCAAAUCAUGCGAAGCAAUACUUGUAAUGUUUCAUUUAGAGGCAGAUCUUCAGGAUAUGAUCAUCUUAAAGGAGGAGAUAAAGUUAAAGGUUUUAAGAAAAACGUCACCACAGAAAAUCGCACAACUACGCAAGCUCAGUGCUCUGAAGCCAAGUGGCCUGCUAUAGUCCAUUCAGUACUGUAUGCGCUGAUUCACACUGCUGAGGUUCUGAAUAGUCCAGUCAGAUUCACACCUGACUGGACUAUUCAGAACCUCCUUCAGAUGUUUAGAUUCUUCUGUCGAGGCCUUCAAUGAAUCGCUGCGGAGAAGCUUGAAAAUCGCCAAUUUUCUGUGCUCUUUGAAAUGUUUCAUCUAAAACUGAGCAAACAUGUGGACAAGGAAGGAGAUUAUAAAGUAGAUCUAGAUAUUAAACUACUUUCAAUUCACAUCACUUAACAAAUGAGUUUAAAUAAACUGGGAGUCACAUUCUGCAUCUCAGACCUGCACACCAACAAGUUUUCUGUAUGAUUUGGGAGUUAAAGUAAUAAACUGGACACAGAGUUUA